AUGUACUUUAGGAGAAUAAGAUGCAACAGAGAUCGGACAUGGGCUUUGGUGUUGCAGCCGUCAAAAUAUUUGUUUAGGCCAAGAUUCUCUGAUCAUCAAUACUUUCAAUCUUUGUCCCCUAAGACGACGACUGUGGAAGAAUAUGCUUCGCAUGCCCGGAACAUCAGAAAACAUCUUUUAGGUUCAUAUUCAUGUAGACAUAAUUUAUCUAGGAAUAGUUUUGCUGCUCUGGACAGAAGGGCUAGUUUAAGUCUUAGCAGUAAUCAGUUACGUGACUAUAGUUCUGAAAGUGAUGGGAGAAAUGCUAGUGAGGAUAAACAUGUACAUGUUAAUGAUGGGACCAACUUUGAUAAAGGACAGAAUCAACAAGAGAAGUUUGGGAAAGAUGUCAAGUACUGCAAUGCACAUGCCCGGCUUGGAGAACAGGAACAAGAGGAAUGGCUUAAUAAUGAGAGGCUAACUAUAGAAAUUAAAAGGAGAGAAUCACCAUUUUUGACAAGGCGGGAUAAUGAGAAUACCAAAAAUCUUCUGGUGGAAUGUGCUACUUCCCAUUUGAGACAUAAUAAGUUUGCUUCGACUUUUGGUACUCGGCUCUCAUCUUCAAGUGGGAGAAUAUUGCUUCAGAGCAUUCCUGGCACUGAGCUGUAUCGUGAGAGAUUGGUUAGAGCUCUUGCACAGGAUUUACAAGUUCCUCUUUUAGUCCUUGAUAGCAGCAUUCUUGCUCCUUAUGAUAUUGAUGAUGAUGAUUUAUCAUCGGACUAUGAGUCUGAUGAUGAUAAUGCUGAGUCUGGGGAGGAUGGUUCUUUGGAAUCAGAGAAUGAGGACCAUAAUGAAGCUAGCAACGAAGAAGAGUGGGCUAGUAGUACAGAGGCAAAGUCAGAUGCAAGUGACAAUGAAGAUGCAGUAGCGUCCGCUGAAGCACACCUUAAGAAGGUUAAAGCAGCUGUUCUUCGGAAACUUGUCCCCUACAAUGUUGAAGAAUUUGAAAAGAUAGUGGCUGGAGAAUCUGAGAGUUCUGAGAGUUCUGAGUCCUCCAAGCCCAAUUCUAAUGAUGCCAAAUCUUCUGAUAAAUCUGGAUGUCAGCUAAAAAAAGGUGAUCGUGUAAAGUACAUUGGGCCAUCUGUUCAAGUUACUGAUGAGGAUAGGAUUAUACUGGGGAAGAUACCAACUUCUGAUGGUCCAACUAAUGCUUAUACUAUAAUACAUGGCAGGUGGGUUGUUAAGGACAUUGAGAAUGAUCUUGAUACUCAAUCACAGGAUUGCUACAUUGCAGUGGAGGCUUUAUGUGAGGUUUUGCGUAGAAAAAAGCCACUUAUCGUCUAUUUUCCUGACAGUUCACAUUGGUUACAUAAAUCAGUUCCUAAGUCAAACCGAAAUGAGUUUUUUCAUAAGGUUGAGGAAAUGUUUGAUCAGUUAUCUGGCCCUAUAGUAUUGAUUUGUGGGCAAAACAAAAUUCAGUCAGGAUCAAAGGAGAAAGAACAAUUUACAAUGAUACUUCCAAACUUUGGACGUGUUGCUAAGCUGAUAUUUUCUAAUGAUAUAGAUGGGCAGGUUAGUGCACUUGGGACAUUGUGGAAAUCAUCAAAUGAUUUUACCCAACCCAUCAUUGAAUUAUUUUUGAUAACUUUACAGCCUCUUUCUCUGAAGCGUUGGACUGAGGGAAUUAAAGGGAACAAGACAUCAGAAGAUGAUGAAAUUAACAAGCUCUUUUCUAAUGUUCUGAGUAUAGAUCCACCCAAGGAUGAGAAUCAGCUGGCAACAUUCAAGAAACAACUUGAGGAAGAUAAGAAAAUUGUGACUUUACGUAGUAAUUUGAAUGUAUUACGGAAGGUUCUCGAAGAGCAUCAGCUAUCAUGCAUGGACCUUUUGCAUGUAAAUACUGAUGGCAUCAUUUUGACGAAGCACAAAGCUGAAAAAGUGGUAGGCUGGGCAAAAAAUCAUUACUUGUCGUCAUGCUUGCUUCCCUCUGUUAAAGGAGAAAGAUUAUGCCUACCUAGUGAAAGUCUUGAAAUUGCAGUCUCAAGAUUGAUGGGCCAUGAAACAAUGUCACGAAAGCCUACUCAGAGCCUCAAGAACCUUGCAAAGGAUGAGUUUGAGAGCAAUUUCAUUUCAUCUGUAGUACCUCCUGGUGAAAUUGGGGUGAAGUUUGAUGACAUAGGUGCUCUGGAAGAUGUGAAAAAGGCACUUAAUGAACUUGUUAUUCUUCCAAUGAGAAGGCCAGAGCUUUUCUCUCGUGGAAAUCUGUUACGGCCCUGUAAAGGAAUAUUACUCUUUGGUCCUCCUGGCACCGGAAAAACCCUUCUGGCCAAAGCACUUGCAACUGAAGCUGGUGCAAAUUUUAUCAGCAUAACUGGUUCGACCCUUACUUCAAAGUGGUUUGGAGAUGCUGAAAAAUUGACCAAAGCACUUUUCUCAUUUGCCAGCAAGCUUGCACCUGUCAUUAUAUUUGUUGAUGAAGUUGACAGUUUACUUGGUGCUAGAGGUGGUGCUUUUGAGCACGAAGCCACUCGAAGAAUGAGGAAUGAAUUCAUGGCAGCCUGGGAUGGAUUGAGGUCAAAAGAAAACCAACGAAUCCUUAUCCUUGGUGCGACAAAUCGGCCAUUUGACCUUGAUGAUGCUGUUAUUCGUCGUUUACCAAGAAGGAUAUAUGUUGAUUUACCAGAUGCGGAAAAUAGAAUGAAGAUUUUGAGCAUCUUUCUUGCACAAGAAAAUUUGGAUUCUGAAUUUCAAUUUGACAAACUUGCUAACUUGACUGAUGGAUACUCGGGCAGUGAUUUGAAGUCCAGCAUAGUCAACCUCUGUAUUGCUGCAGCUUAUAGACCUGUUCAAGAACUUUUAGAGGAAGAAAAGAAGCUGUAUCUCACCGACGAAAACAUCAUAUGCCUAAAGAAGUUUGACUUCGAGGGAGCCGAUAACGGUACAACUUCAGUAUUAAGGCCUCUUAAUUUGGAUGAUUUUGUUCAGUCAAAAUCCAAGGUGGGUCCAUCAGUUGCGUAUCAUGCAACAAGCAUGACUGAGUUGAGGAAGUGGAACGAAAUGUAUGGAGAAGGUGGUAGUAGGACAAAAUCACCAUUUGGAUUUGGUAGCUGA